AUGGCUUCUAUUUUCAAGAAGGCAAAGGACAGGUCGUCCAAGGAGAAACUCAGAACGUCUUCCGGUACUUCCGUACAUUCACAUUAUAACCCGGAAAACCCAUUAAACGCCCCUUCUGAAGUUGCACAAGCAACGAGGUCCCAUAUUGCAAGGAAUAACAACGAAUUGUCCUUCAAGAAGGGGGAUUUCUUUCACAUAGUGGCCAGAAACGUUGUUGCAAGCGAUGGAACAAUAGAGAUAUUCGAUCCUAUCCAUGGCAGCAGGGGUAGAGCACCAGCUUCCUGUUUUAAGUUCUUUGAGAAAACCCAUAAUAGUAUAACAUCACCCAUUUCAGCCCCAAAUUCUGACACUGAGAGUAGCAACCGUGGGAGCUCAAACAUCCGUAUCAACUCGACCUCUUCAUCGGUGUCAUCUAAACACGAGAAACCAACGGGCUCUUUAUUUGGUGUUGUGCUUUAUGAUUUCAAGGCUGAAAGAUCAGACGAAUUGUCGGUUAAUGCCGGGGAUAUCAUUUAUAUUUGUGCACAUCAUGAAUUCGAGUGGUAUAUUGCAAAGUUUCUAAAUAAAGUCGGCGAAGUUGGUUUGGUCCCUGUAUCAUACGUUCAAUUAAUUGAUGCAGUAACUAGGAUUCCGUUCAAAGAAUCUCCUAGAUUAAUAAUUGAAGGUGAAAACUUACCAACAGUUGAUGAAUGGAAAGCAAUUAAAAACAAACACAAGGCAAGUAGUAAAAAUGUAGGCUCCAACUCUCAAAGAAACACUCACAAUUCAAAUCAUUCGAAUCUUUACAUUUUCCCAGUCAAUCCAAAUAUUGAAUCUUUUUCAAGUACUAACAACAAGUUUUGGUUUUUGAUCAAAGUUACAAUGUCUGAUAAUUCCACUAGGAUGUUGUGUAGGUAUUAUGAAGAUUUCUUCAACUUCCAUCAGAAACUACUCUCAACGUUCCCUCAUGAAGGGGGUAAAUUCGAUACAAAGGAUAGGAGAGAACGGAUUCUACCAUUUAUACCAGGUCCGGUUGUUGACGUGACAGAAAAUUUAUGCCACAAGAGACUAAUUGAUUUGAAUGAUUAUUUGAUUCAAUUAUUAUCGCUGCCAGAUUACAUAUCCAAAUGUCCUUUAGUCCAAUCUUUCUUUGACAUAAUGGACGGUGAUGAAGAUUCGCAUCAUCCUUCAAAUAGGAGCGGCUUGGCAGUCGAACCUCAAAGACCUGCCCCUAAUUUGAAAAUAAUAAAUUCAGAUAAUACAAUAAAUAGCAACUCCACUCCUAAUAACAAUAGUAGCAAUAAUCCACAACAGCAACAAAACCACCAUCAACAACGUACUAGUGAAACUCUAUCACAAUCAAACUUUGAUAGAAGGUCGCAAUAUGAAUCAACAAACAUGAGGAGCUCACAUGUAUCAAAUAGAUUUAGUGAUUUGAAUAAAAGAAAUUCAACGUCUUCUUCGACAUCCUCAAUUCUAUCCCAGCAAUUACAACAAGUACAUCUAAAUAGCCAAAAAUCAACAAAUUCUCUAAUCAAUAAACCUGAUAGAAUAAAAUUGAAGUUUUAUUAUAACGAAGAUAUUUUUGCAUUGUCGGUUCCCUCGAAUAUCAAAUUAUAUGAUUUGAAACUAUUGAUUGCUCCAAAACUUGAUGAGUCGAACCUAACGAAAGAUAUCCAAUCGGCAAUACAAUUGUUCUCAAAGGACGAUGUUAAUCGAGAUAAUGGAAAUUUUGAAAUCUCCACUGCCAUAGUGAAUGAUGAUCAACUCAGCGGUGAUAAAAACUUUAUUGAUAAAGGUAAGUUCUUAGUAAUUGUACAAUAA